AUGGCCCGCCGCUAUCUCGGAGGCUCAGGAGAGCGGCUAACAGUAUGGGUCUCCAUCGCCGCCUCAACGGUGCUCAUAUUCUACGGCUACGACCAGGGCGUCUUCGGGAACGUCCUCGUCUCGGACGACUUCCUCAGGACAAUGGGCUAUCCCUCGACGGCAGAUCAGGGCACGAUGACGUCCGUGUAUAAUCUGGGCUGCUUCGCCGGCGCCCUAUCGACGCUAUACAGCGGCGACAAGCUCGGCCGCCCUCGCACACUGAUGCUCGGGAGCUCUGUCAUCGCCGUCGCGGCGAUCAUACAGGCCGCUUCGUACAGUGCCGGGCAGAUGUAUGCCGGCCGUGUCAUUGCUGGGCUCGGGACAGGGAUGAACACCGCUACUGCCGGCGUGUGGCAGUCCGAGACGUCUAAGAUGCGGAGCCGGGGGAAGCUGAUCAUCAUCCAGAUGGCAAACUGUAUCACUGGCUUCGCCAUCUCUAAUUGGUUGACGCUGGGCUUCUCGUUCGCGCCGGGGAGUGUCUCGUGGCGGUUCCCUCUGGCUUUUCAGAUGUUCUUCUCCGGCCUUGUUUUGCUCAUGUGUCCGUUUCUCCCCGACUCGCCCCGCCUUCUCAUCCGCAAGGGUCGGCACGACGAAGCCAUGGAGGUCCUCGCCGCGCUCGAAGGCCACGGCGCCACGCCCAGCUCGCCCUCCGUCCGCACGCAAUUUUCCAUCAUCAAGGACGUCCUCGACCGUGAAUACGCCGUCGAGUACACUUGGGUGCAGCUCAUCAGCGGACGCGGGCCCCCAGGCGCGAUGCGGCGGAUGAUUUUGGGCGCCUGGAUGCAAGCCAUGAACCAAAUCUCGGGCAUAAACGUCACCUCCUACUACAUGACCUAUGUCUUCAUCCACGCUAUCGGCUUCAGCGAGCUGACAGCCCGGAUCCUCGCCGCCGCUGGCUCAAUGGACUACCUCUUCUUCUCGUUUAUGGCCUACUUCGUCAUCGAGCGGUAUGGCCGGCGCCGGGUCAUGAUGGUCUCAGCUGCUGCAUGCUCCACCUGCUGGACCAUCAUCGCAAUCGCCACGGGACUCACCGAGACAGGUCGCGGCGACAGCUACAGGCUGGGUAUCGUGGCCGUGUCCUUCUUCUUCGUCUUCUUCGCGUCGUUCGCGAUGGGUGUCUUGGGCGUGCCCUGGCUGUACCCGACCGAGAUCAACGCGCUGGCAUUCCGCGCCAAGGGAGCAAGCCUCGCCAUGGCGACUAACUGGAUUAUGAACUAUAUGGUGGCGCAGGUGACGCCGCCCGGGAUCGAGAACCUCGGGUAUCGAUUUUGGGUAAUUUGGGCCGUCAUCUGUGCCUCCUUCAUACCAACGACGUUCUUCUUCUACCCCGAGACGGCGAAUCGGUCGCUGGAGGACAUUGAUAGGUUUUUUGAGGAGAACCACAGUGUCUUCGUGUUCCGAAACAAGCUGGCCACGCAGCUGCACAGGCCGACCAUUUAUGAGGACGCUGAUAGGGAGAUUGCCGCCAAGAACGAGAAGUCUGACAGUAGCGCUGGCCAUGUUGGAAAGACAGAAAAUGGGGCUGGUAUAGAUUAA